CAUAAAAAAUUAAUAAAUCCAACAUCCAGCAGUGAAAAUCGACGAUUCAUUCUGUUUUCUGUUUCUGGUGAAGAUCCAUUUUUACUUUUGGCAAAUAUAGAUAAAAAGAAGUUCAUAUUAAUAAAAAAAAACAAAGGGAUUAAUUAAAAUAUUAAUGGCAGCAACAACUUUAGAAGAUAAGUCGAUAUGGGCCGGCGAAGAGGAAACUCUAGGCGAGGAUGUCAAACGAAUGACAGCAGAGGAGCUAGUAUCCCGAAGCCGCCUGCUGGACAAUGAAAUAAAAAUAAUGAAGAGUGACGUGAUGCGUAUUUCCCACGAGCUUCAGGCGCAGAAUGACAAAAUAAAAGAAAACACCGAGAAGAUAAAAGUAAACAAAACUCUUCCGUACUUAGUGUCAAAUGUGAUCGAAUUACUAGACGUGGACCCUCAGGACAUGGGUGAAGAGGACGGCGCGGUAGUUGACUUGGACUCUCAGCGCAAGGGUAAGUGCGCUGUGAUAAAAACGUCCACCAGACAGACGUACUUCUUGCCAGCAAUCGGACUGGUCGACCCAGACUCGCUGAAGCCAGGUGACCUGGUGGGAGUGAACAAAGACAGCUACCUGGUGCUGGAGACCCUUCCAGCUGAGUAUGACGCCAGAGUGAAGGCCAUGGAGGUCGACGAGCGGCCAACGGAGCAGUACUCCGACAUUGGAGGCCUGGACAAGCAGAUCCAGGAGCUGAUUGAAGCCGUGGUGCUCCCGAUGACUCACAAGGAGAAGUUCCAGAACCUGGGGAUCCAACCACCAAAAGGAGUCUUGCUCUACGGGCCGCCUGGAACUGGUAAGACUCUCCUGGCUCGUGCCUGCGCUGCGCAGACCAAGUCUACUUUCUUGAAGCUCGCUGGGCCUCAGCUGGUUCAGAUGUUCAUUGGAGACGGUGCCAAGCUGGUCAGAGAUGCUUUCUCUCUGGCCAAAGAAAAAUCUCCAGCGAUUAUUUUCAUUGAUGAGCUGGAUGCUAUUGGUACUAAACGUUUCGACUCGGAGAAGGCUGGAGAUCGAGAGGUACAGAGGACUAUGUUGGAGCUGCUGAACCAGUUGGAUGGAUUCAGCUCCACAGCGGACAUCAAAGUUAUCGCUGCGACGAAUCGGGUUGAUAUUUUGGACCCUGCUUUGCUGAGAUCAGGACGUCUCGACAGGAAAAUCGAGUUCCCGCAUCCUAAUGAAGAAGCUCGUGCUCGUAUCAUGCAGAUUCAUUCACGGAAAAUGAACAUGUCACCUGAUGUUAAUUUUGAAGAGUUGUCUAGAUCUACUGAUGACUUCAAUGGCGCUCAGUGCAAAGCUGUUUGCGUUGAAGCUGGUAUGAUUGCACUCAGACGCAAUGCAACAGCAGUAACUCACGAAGACUUGAUGGAAGCAAUCAAUGAAGUACAGGCUAAAAAGAAAGCUAAUCUUAAUUACUACGCUUAAGUACUUUCUUGUAUUAUUUAUAAGAUUUUUUUAUUUCAUAUAUCGGUAAUAAACAAAAUUAAUUACGAGUAUAGUUAUUAAGAUAAAUAUUCAUUUUUGAAAAUUGUAUUCAAAAUAAAUUACAUAGUUAUA